CUAUACUAAAAGCUCUAUAUACUCCACUCUAAAGCUGUCCACGUCAUUUAUUAUAUUCAACCAAUCAGAGAGUAUUGUUUGGUCACGUCACCAUCAAACUUCUCAAAAAGCUUCGAACCUAUUUCCAUUGAUCUUCUCAUCUUUUUUUCUCUUGCAAAAACGUUUCUUGAAAGGACUGUCUUCUUAUCUCUCAAACCUUCCUCUAUCACUCAUAAUUAUAUAUUGAUUCAACUUAUAAAGUCACUAAUAAUAGAUUGAUUUGUCUGUUUGAGUCGAUUUCAUCAUCUCUCCUUCAGUUCUAAAUACAAUUUUUCAGUUUAAAAUUCACAUUGAUUCGGGAACACUCAACCGACGAAUACUAUAGUUCAUCAACCGCAGGCCAUGUUCGAAAACGCGGCAACUCGGCCGAGUACACGGCCUUGCAACGCUCGGCGGUACAGAACCGCCGCGAUUUCAUCAAAAUCGGACAAAAAAUCGGAUUCAUCAAAAAAGUCCAGGCUUUUGAAUUUUAAACGCUUGGAAUUUGAUGUUACGUCGCAAAUCUACAGUUUUUAUGCAAAAAUUGAUAAGAAAACUGCAAGAAAAUGAUGUUUUAUGUUAAAAAAGUUCGAGGCGGCCAUGAAAAUUUCGCAGUAGAAGUGAAAACCCUAAAAGGAAGAAGACGAAUUAAUUACAAAUUUGCCAUUAAUGAAAAAAAAAAAUUCUAAAACAAAAAAGAAGGACCUGCGUUUUGAACCCAUGACAUCCUCCGUCAUAAAACCGUCUUUUGCCACCGGACCACGUUGUCUUUACAAAUAAUCGUAGAAAAUUAUUUAAUAGGUUAUAGUUUUACGUAAAUUAAAAAAAGAAAAAGAUAACAAAUGAAUUGAAAAAAUAAAAAGUGGAACCAUACAUACAAAAUAAAUAUUAUGGCCAAAACACAAAAAAAAAAAAGAUGAACCCAAAUUUUUUUUUUUGAAACUAAGAUGAACCAAAAGUUAAAAACAGAAACAUUUAAAAUUGGUUCAAAUAAAGAAUUUAGGCGACAAUUAAUGACAGCAACAAAAUAAUAAAACUACAAUAAAUAUACUCCAAAAGUUAACACCAACAAUUAACACAAAAAUCAUAUAAUCACAUAUUAAUCAUUGUUGUAUCAAUCAUUCCCAAAAAAUAAUUACAUACUAUAACAACAAAGUAACGUUAAUAUACAAGUGAAACAUUAAACAACGACAUGUAUCCACAAAAAUCUGAAUUAUAAAACACAUAAAACAAUCAGUCGAAAAAGAGAGCUUGACAAAUAUUCUUAUGUGAUACAUGAGAAAUCAAUAUGCUAAGAAACAAUUAACCGGCUGGUUAGAAGCGUUAAUCCAACAAUAUAAAAAAAAAUGAAAUCCUACUAUCAAUUACAUUACAUUAAAAAAAACUAUCAAUUACAACACAUUUAAAAAUGAGAAAUCAAAAAACUACUACACUUUUAUAGUAGGAGCAAAAUUCUACAAACAAUAAGUUGUAUCCGGUGGUUUAGAAGAAUAUGAACUUCAAAAAUAUAAAUAUCAUAUUUAAAUACAAUACAUAACUGUACAUGGACAUUAACUUUAGAAGAAAAUAAAAUGUUACAUUUAUUGAUUUCAAAAAUGUAUUUUCUCAUAUACAUAAAUAUGUUAUAGUAUUCUUGCAACCAGAAACAUAUAUUAUUCAAAUAAAAAUAAUACUCUUUGUUAAAAUAUAUAUUUCCUCUUUAUAAAUAAGUGUAUGUUCUUUAUUCACCAAAAGAAAAAAAUUUAAAACGAAAAGGAUAAACGAAUAUCUGACACAUGAGAGAAAAUGAUUACAAAUAAUAAUACAUUGCAAACCAAUAUUACAACAAAGACACACACAAAAUCUAAUUUAAUUUACCACCUACUACAUAUUUUAAAACCCAUCGAAAAUAGUGAAUAAAAAUUAGUAUUCACCUGCAAAAGAGGGUGUGACUUCUUUUUGUUUCCAUUAGUUAGCGCUAAAUUUAUAUAUAAAUACACUUAAAUCAAACAUUAGUUACAUGAAAAUGGCUAUAUGUUACAUAUCAAAUUUCUUUUUGUAUUCGCUCCUCUAUGACAUAAAAGAUAAGCUGAUUUCAACACCAUCUUCAGUGUGUUCAUAAAAUAUAGACAUAUCAUAAGACCAAAGCUAAGUGGUGCAUAUACCAAAUUUUUUAAAAUUUCUAAAUUUAUAGAAAACAAAAACGUAAAAAAAAUAAUAGAAAACUGCUAAAGAUACUAUCAAACAUUAAAGUUAAAUUUAAUACAAAGUAAAAAUAUUCACAUAUUAAUAAUAAUUAUGAAUAAUAUAUUUAAAAUUUAUAAUCCGCGCGUAGCGCGGACAGAGGAUCUAGUAUAUAUAGAUAGACUUAUUUCUUAUCGCAUAUACACACACCCAACGAAAAAGAAACAAUCAUUUUUCACACUCCAAUCAGAUUAUACAUUCUUCUCGACUUCCAUCACCAUGAAUUCUUUCGAUAUGAACCCAGACAUGAUCAUCGAGAUUCUUUCUCAUUCUCCUGCUUCGUUGGUGGGAAAGUGUAGACUCUUAAACAAAGAAUGUAACAAGAGAACCUACGAUUCUUCCUUUCUCAAACUCAAUCUCCAAAGAACCAAUUCCGUUUCCGGUUACUUCCUCGAAUUCAGCGAGAGACUUAGGGUUCAUUCCGCUAUUGUCAGAGAUUUAGGCAACAUUCCUUGUGGGUCUGAUGAAAUCUCGCUGGAUUUUCUACCACCAGGAAGAGUAAGUAUUAAAGCUUGUGACGCAAGUCAUGGGAUUUUGCUUUGUGUUAAUGAUCUUCCGGUUAAAGGAAGACAACCGGAGUACAUCGUCUGCAAACCAACCACCAAACAGUACAUGAUUCUACCUAAACCAAAAACCCGGUAUUUCACAAUCGCACUCGGUUUAAUGGUUAGUGGGUCUGAUCCUUUCCGGUACAAGAUACUGAGGCUCUCACAGUUACCUGGCAACGAGAAUAGGAGGUACAACUUCAGUUUCACUCUCGUUUGUGAAGUUUUCGAUUCGGAUUCGUUUGCGUGGAAGAGAUUAAACAACGUGGAGCUACCUAAAGAAGACUUACUGGUUCCAAGAACUGCUAAUCCGGUUGCUUCUUACGGGUUCUUGCAUUGGUUAACGACAAGCAACAAUGUAUUCCGGUUUUGUUUCAAAACCAAUUCUUGGUCAUUUUUCCCGGUUCCUGAGAAUCUAGCGAGCGAUGAUUCUCUAAAGUUGACAAGAUACGAUGGAAAAGUUGGAGUUAUUAGUUCGAGGUCGAAGGAAGGAGUGGAUUAUCAGGACUUAUGGGUUUUGGAGAGGAGUUUGGGCAAUUCUUGGGUACAUGUGAAAGAGAUUAAAAGAAUAGGGCUCGAACCUGUGGGGUUCUCAAGCAACGACGUCGUAACACUGGCUGACUUGGAUGGAAUGUGUUCAUACAAUAUGAAUAACGGGAAAUCUCAGAAACUACAAAUAAGAGCUCCAAAGUUUUUCCCUUCUUAUUAUUGGACCAUGAGUUAUUUUCCUUUCUAUUCUGACUACGAGAGAAGUGAGCUCGGGAGAUCUAAUGGCUGAACAUUAUCAACAAGACACAAGACAUAGACAGGGUUUAAGACUUAUGUGUGAAUAUGGGGUUAUUGGUAGAUAAUUUUCAAUAAUUUGUCAAUAAGGAGUCGGUAGAAUUUAUUGUUCGAGUGCAUUACCGAA